AUGCCUGACGGGGGAUUGGGGCAUGGGCCCCAUGGCGAUGUGACCAUCGACAUCCCCCUCAAUGACAGCCCGCGCCUGACGCAGACGGGGUCCCGGAGUAAAGGCCAAUCCUCGCCCGAAUAUGUGGAUGAGAAAUCCGGUGCGGUAGCGAAACACCGUGGCCUGCCCGGCCGUCGCCGCAAAACACAAGACGAGAUCAACGAGAGCACGGGCAAACCCUCCGAUUCUCCCGAAGAUGGAACCAUCAACAGCAUAGGUCGCUUCUACCAGGCUAUUCUGAAUUAUUCCAUUGUCACUCGCUACCUACUCUACAUCACCCCGAUCGGCAUCUUGAUCGCCAUCCCCAUCAUCGUCGGUGCCACUGCCGCCAGGGACGCGAAGAUCGGUGGGGUGCAUAUCUACUGGUUCUUUGCGUGGAUCGAAGUCGUUUGGGUGUCUCUGUGGACGUCUAAAGUCUUUGCAAGGUUCUUGCCAUAUGUCUUCCAGUCUUUGUGUGGUAUUGUUAGCUCGGGGACGAGGAAGUAUGCGCUUAUUCUGCGUGCGCUGGAGACGCCCAUCACCAUUGUACUAUGGUGUAUCAUUUCGUUAGUGACGUUUCUUCCGCAAGAUAGCGGCGACACGGAUGUUCAAUCCUGGGAAAAGAGCGUGAAGAAUAUCCUCUUCGCACUACUCGUGUGCAGCUUGAUCUACUUUGGAGAAAAGGCCAUCGUCCAGCUCAUCUCCAUCAGCUACCACCGCAAACAGUUCGACGCUAAGAUCAAACAGUCCAAACGCAACGUCUACCUCGUCGGUCUCCUCUACGAGGCAUCCCGAAACAUGUUCCCUGUGUACUGCCCGGAAUUCGCCGACGAGGACUCCCUGAUCUUUGACUCUCUACUCGCUCUAAACGGGACGCAGCCCUCUAAGACUGGAUCUGAUAUUAUGCCUUUCCGCAUGAUGCGCCAGGUCGGACAGAAUGUUGGACGCAAUGUUGGCCGUAUUGGCGACAAGGUCACUUCAGCUUUUGGAAAUGUCGCUUCCGAGCUUACGGGCAAGCAAGUCUUCAACCCGAAUUCCACUCACUCCGUUGUGGUUGAGGCGCUGGAGCGGAAGCGCUGCGCUGAGGCUCUGGCGCGCCGUAUCUGGAUGUCUUUUGUCGUGGAGGGUCGCGAGGCCCUGUACCUGGAGGAUAUCAUUGAAGUCCUGGGUGCUGAUCAGGAGGCUGAGGCUCAGGAGUGCUUUACUGCUCUGGAUAAAGAUGGAAAUGGCGAUAUCAGCCUCGACGAGAUGGUUCUCACUAUCACCGAGUUUGGCCGCAUGAGGAAGUCCCUCAACAACAGCAUGCAUGACGUGGACCAGGCCAUUCAUGUUUUGGAUAACCUGCUGCUCGGUGUGGCCUUCGUUAUUGGCAUCUUGGUUUUCGUCAUCGCAGCCGGCGCCACUUCCCUGCUGUCGAUAAGUUUCAUCUUCUCCGUCACUGCGCAAGAAGUUCUCGGAUCGUGCAUCUUCCUUUUCGUCAAGCACCCUUUCGACAUUGGUGACCGGGUAGACAUCACGGACAAGUCCUAUGUCGUCGAGCGCAUCUCGCUACUCUACACUGUUUUGCGCAGCAUAACCGACCACCGCACCACCCAAGUGCCGAACAACAUUCUCAACAACCUGUGGAUCGACAACUUCACCCGCGCCAACGCCAUGUACGAACAGCUCACCGUGUCUGUCAGCUUCGACACCACCUUCGCUGACAUCCAAUUCUUGCGCGAGGAGAUGGAGCGUUUCGUUCGUGACAAGGAUAACUCCCGCGACUUCCAGCAGGACCUGAAUGUCGAAGUUGUUGGUGUUGGUGACAUGGACAAGCUGGAGCUGCGCGUCGAUAUUCGUCACAAGUCCAACUGGUCGAACGAGACUGUUCGCGCUGCGCGCAGGUCCAAGUUCAUGUGUGCUUUGGUCCUCGCUAUUCGCAAGAUCCCCAUCCGCGCUCCCGGUGCCGCUGCACCCGAAGAGGAAAAGAAAGACGAUGAUAGUUCCGAUGCAGGUUCCACUGCCGGUGACGAUCGCAAGUCCACUGCUCAGAACGGUGGGGCUGAUCGUCAGGAUGGGUCUGGUCAGAUGGGUCUGACAGCUGCUGCUGCAACUGCCGGUGGCAUGGCUAGCUAUGACACUGCCCAGUCCUCGGGCGUCGACAACGGCCGAUCUACCGGGACCGUCACCCAACGCGGGGCGGCCAACCAUUCGCAGAGCGAAGCAGCCAUCGUUGAACAGCUGAACGCCCGCUCUCCGGCUGCAGAUAUUGCCCGCGAUACCCGUGACAUCAACGAAGAGGCAGGGCUGUACCGCACGACAACCGGCUCCUCCAGUCAAGCCCGGCAACAGCUUGGUGUCCAGAGCCACGGCGCCGGCGCUCCUUCGCGCGAGCCGUCUACCGGCCGCCGGAAAGAAGGCACUCGAGCCUCAGUUCCAGACCAAGAUAAUAUCCACCCGCCAGCACCCCUCUCCCCCGUCCACGCAGGGCUGACACCCUCCUCCUCAAGCGAGGUGCCCAUCCUAAGCGCACCCGCCCCCCCAGGAUCACGAGGCAACGCACGCUACGAACCGCAACCACAGGUUCCACCACACAUGGCUUUCUCAAAAGCACCGGCGUCGGAAGCCUUCACCUCACCCAGCUCGCUGUACUCACGGGGCGCCUACUCGAACCCGGCGUACUACACCCGCGAGAACGCCUACGACCCCAUCCCGAUGAGCGGGAUCAGCACCCACAACAAUAAUCAGGGCUACGCACCGCCGUCAUCAGACCGCGACCGCCGCUCCGGCUCCGGCCCACCUGUCUCCGCGCUUGAACCGAGCCAGUACGAGGUUCCUUCGCAGCGCGACGCCGUCUCCCCGCCCUCGCUGCGUGAGUCUCCGUCUGCUCCCGCCAUCCCGGUUGCGGCCGCUGCGCCCGGUGGUGGUGUGCCCUACCACUAUCAGUCCCAGUACCAGGCUCAUGUCGAGGGCCAGCCAUUGGAUCAGGAGCAGGAACACAAGAGGUCGUCGUUCUUGACUAAGGCGCUGAAGCGGAGUACCAAGUCUUCGCAUGAGUAG